AUGAGAGACGGUCGGAUCCGGAUCACCACCUCGCACCGCCUGCAACCUUUUUACAAUGACCCGGAAUACGAUCCCGUACCGUCUCGAGGACUGACACUGAUGAAUGCCCAGGCCCAUUACUCUCGCAUGCUCAACCGAGAAGUCUCGGAGCGUAAGCAGGUUGGAGACAUCGAGAGUCUGUUCCACUCGGAGCAGCGGAGGAGAGAGGAGAAAGAGAUGUAA